GGAACCAAGAAUUUGGUGCCAAAGCAAAGUCCCUGCGCCGCAAUCGAGCCUCGAACCGAUCGGCGACUCGACGUGAGCUCGAGAUCGGAUCAACAAUGGAUGCGACGUGCAAACACGCCUCAGUCUCGCUGAGCGAUGGCGCCACCUUGCAAGUGAAGUUACUGGGGGCGAACAGCACGGCAAAGCCCCUCCUCAUAGCUCUCCAUGGGGCGCAAGGUGUGUCUGAUCACCGCGAGCCGCUCCAAUCUUUCAGCUUCUUGUCGUCACGCUUUCGUCUUCUUGUGUACGAUGCGAGGGGAAGCGGCCGUAGCGAUGACAAAGGACCCUUCACGCAUCAGCGCUGGGCCGCUGAUGUCGACGAGCUGAGGGAAUGGGCCGGAGCUGAUAUGUGUAUCGUUGCCGGAGGCUCCUAUGGAGGCAUGGUUGCUCUGGAAUAUGCAUUGGUAUACCCGCAACGCGUUUCUGCGCUGCUCCUUCGCGACACUUGGGCAAACGGCGUGCUGGGAGUGCUGCGCUGCCUGAAGUCGAUUCUCACGGACGCCCGGAUACAGCCAGACGCGGACCGCCAAGUGCGGGUAUGGAGUGGGAACAUACGAGAUAAUGAAGACCUGGCAGCAGCUUUCAUCGAAAUCCUGCCCAUCUACACACCAGAGGGCUCAGGGAGACCCAACGCUCCCGCAGCACCUGACGCAGACAAGCACACAGAGGCAGAUGAGCUGAUCCUCCACUACAAGACGCACAACUUCUGCUUCACCCACAACCAACCUAGAUUUGACUUGCGCAACCGCCUUGAACAGAUAAAGGCCCCCACCCUCGUGGUCUGUGGGAGACACGACCCCAUUACCCCGGUCAUGUUCAGCGAGGAGAUUGCGGAGUCUGUGCCCGGCGCGCAACUGACGAUCUUCGAGAAUUCUGGCCAUAGUCCCCCGUCCGACGAGCCUGAUGCUUUUAGAGAUCGAGUUUGGCAGUUCCUUGACCAGAUAAGCGCCUGAUCUGAAGUCGCAUCAUCGCUCUGCCCACCCCGAGCUCCUUUCUUGCCGUGGUUUAUGCUUUGCUACUCAGGCGGACAAUCUCGAAAUCUGAGCCAAACGCGAUCGUGCGUUUGACUUGAACAGUACUAUGUUGGUCUAUGAGUAAUCAUGAUGUUGUUCGCGGGUAGCGGCAGGGCGUGGCGACCUUGCACUCCGGAUGAAGGGGGGGAGUGAUCAC